AUGCAACAGAGGUUCCUAUUGUCUAGGAAGAUGCUUGAGAUCUCUCCUGAAGCAUCGGUGGCGGGAAGAAAGCUGGUUGAGGAAAGGAUGUCGGCUUUGGAUUCCGACGUAGAAUCCUCCCACCACGCUUCCUCUUUAACCAAAAACCUGGUCCAUUCCGUCCCGAUCUGCAGCGUCGAUUCCUCUUUCGUCGCCUGCCUAUGA